GCUCGUCGUUCCCAAUAAGGGCUAUUCGUCAUUAGAUCAGAGUCCAGAUGAAAAGCCACUGGUAGCCCUGGAUACAGACAGUGAUGAUGACUUUGACAUGUCCAGAUAUUCCUCCUCAGGAUACUCAUCAGCUGAGCAGAUCAAUCAAGACUUGAAUAUCCAGCUGCUAAAGGAUGGGUACCGGUUAGAUGAGAUCCCAGAUGAUGAGGACCUCGACCUAAUCCCCCCUAAAUCGGUCAACCCUACAUGCAUGUGUUGCCAAGCCACGUCCUCCACCACCUGUCACAUCCAGUAGUGAGGCUGGCAGGCUAUGAUCAGUGCUUUCCACUAUAACUGUAAAACUUAACAGCCAUUGCUUCCUCCUAUGGUAGGACAUGCACCUCUUUGUGUUCGUGGAGCCAGGAGAAACCAAAAAAAUAAUUUUAUAAUUGGUUAAUAAGUUAUUUUAAACUAUGGUUAAACAAAAGAGAAGUUGCUCAAAGUGCCAGGCAGUGCCUGGCAGAACUGACUGGUCUGGAAAACAAGCACAGGAGGGUCCAGAGAUGCCUCCUUGGUUUGUUUAGGCACUGGAGAUGUUUUGUAAGGUGUCUAUUCCAGAAUGGGAAGGGUCAGAUGGAGCUGUAGUUACUGCUGCCCACUGAAACCAAUCCAUCUACAAGAUUAGGGGUGAGUCUGAGGUGUCAGGGGGUUUUACAUGUGGGAGAAGGUCAGUUCUUAAUUGAUUCACUAAACCUGAUUCAUUUGCAUAACCAUAAUUAUACCAUAGCUGGGACACAGAAAUAGAAAUAGAGCAGGGCAUCCUUUCUUAUGGGAAGGCUAGCCAGGACUAGCAUGACACAAUUCAUUCACUUGUGAAGAGGACAAAUAGGUGACAUUUCACUGUGAGUCAGUACUAGUUAGAGCUGUUGUGUCACAUAUCCAAUGCAAUCUAUCCUUAGCUCCACAUUAAAUUAUCACCAAACACAUCAGAUUCAAUCUGCAGUCUAUCCAUGCUCUUCAGGGAUUUAGUCCUUACCUGAGAAUACCAUACUCCUGAGUUCAGUCCAGUCAUGUAUACUGAUUUCAGCCUAUACUUCAUUCUUGUGAGACCCAUCUGCUUUCAGAAAUCUUAAAGUUUGUUUAGCUAAGACACAAGACAAAAUUGGAACUGUUCAGUCUGAACUUCAGUGCCAGAAAAGCUAAUUGAAGAAAGCACAUUUUUACAGAGCUUGGCUGUUGAUAUUCUCUUGACACUGCAUCUCUUGGUGCCCAUGGGAGAGAUUUGUUAACGCUGAAGGUGUCUCUGUGGUGGUGUCAGACUUUAGGGGGGUUCAGCAACAGCAGGAUUAUGAACAGCUUCAUCUUAAAAAAAAAACCCAAAAAACCCAUGAGAGGAAUCUACUGUUUAUCCCAUCUCUGCCCACUUGUGAACCAGACUUGGUCAGUGUUGGAGAUGUCCCACAGCAGAAGCAGAUGCAUUCAUUUGGCAUUUCAUUAGGUGGCUGGACUGAAUUGCCAGUUCACCAGCAGAUUGUUUUGAAUGCAAAAUUAUUUCUGGAAUUAGAAACAUGUCAUGUCCCUGGCAGGGACUGCUGGCUUCAGCAUACACAGGACUGGGUGACAGAUGGGCUGGCAUUUCUCUCAGAGAUUAAAUCUUUUGCCACAGGCACAACUGUGUGUCUUCCUGCUCUGACAGGAGGAAGGUCCACCUGCCUUGCAUCAGUCCUUGCUUUGGAGCCUGGGAAAAGGAGAAAGCAAGGGCAAUUCUGAGCUUUCCAUCAGAAUUCCUCUGAGUCGCAAGACAGAGCCUGAGCUCCACCCCAAAGGACAGAUCUCCAUCUGAAAUCUUCAUGUAGUGAAAUGAGUCUUUAACAAGUCCUCUUCAUGAUUAGGAGGACACAACAUUAUGUCUUUACUCUGUGCAGUGCAAGGCACACAGGACUCCUGGGCUUUAUUAUUCACUAGCUGGACGUGGGCAACCAUUAAAGCUAUGUUUGCCCCCCUUCCCUAAAACAGGGCACUGCCACCCUGGCUCCAGGCCACAGAAAGAGGACUUGAGUGGUGCUGUUUAAUGAGCAUCCCUGCUUCCUCAUGCAGAAGUGCUGGUUAACUUGACAGCUCUUCUAGGAAAAGAGUGUUUCUCAAUUGAAUUCCUCUCCCCUUCUCAUUGCCUGGUAAUGCUGAGAGGGAAUAUAUCCAAAAUGUCCCUAAAGAAGCACAAAGCAUCAGGUCCCCAAGUCUUCGCUUCUUUGUGUGCCUGAUUUCCUCUCCAGUGCUAGCUCAGGUGUGAGGUUAGCAACUUGGGGGGGGGGGGAGGAGGAAGAGCUCUAACAACACUGUGUAAGGAGAAAAGAUAAAAGGGAAAAAGCAUUCUUUAAGGAGUCUUUUUUUAAAAUGGAGAAUGUAGUCAUAACUUAACAUAAACCCCAUGGUCAAACCAAAUCCUAUAGGACACGACUAAGUCUCUUUAAAUGUUCACUCUUCUAAAGCAGGACUUUUCAGUUCAGAAUUGGUACCAUGCAACACCUUCAUCUCAUUUAUCCUUCUGGGUCAGCCUCUGUGUCUUCCAGAUGGGCUGCACAUGCUCAGUCUUUCCCACAGCCCUUGCUCAGGAACUCAGAGCAUUUUAGUGUGCCUGCUAGAGUAACGAGGCAUCUGUUUACCUGCAUCAGCUUUGGGAGACUGCAGAUCCCACAGGUAUCCAUCACGCUGCUAUCAUGUUCAGUCAAAGACAGAAAGAAGCUUGCUGAGACUGUAUCUCCCAGGGCUAACACCUCCCCUCUUGAAGAACAGACCUUCCGGGAUAAUCACUGCCUCAUGGCACCACGACCAAGUCCUUUUAUUGCCCCUAUUGCUGUUUUUUGCCUGCCAUAUGCUCUGAGGCAUUCCCCAAACCUGCAACUGCCCUCAGCCCUUUGCAUUGUGUGAUGUGCAGCUGCUUCCAGAACAACACUUUAGGGUCCCUGGGAAAGAGGGAGAUGAACUUAAAUGUUAACUACACCCAGUGCUUCCUCUAAAUACAGACCAAAGCACAAGCCAAGGUUUUUUCACUGCACACAGAAGGAGUUGGUUGCACAAAUAGCUGGUUUGGUAUGACAGUACGGGACCAUAAAAUGGCAAUUUUUUGGCUUCUCCUGUCUACGCUUUGUGUUGAUAUAUUUUAUUAGGAGAAUAAAGUAUAAAAGGUGGGGAAAAGUAGUUACCUGUAUAGGGUCAUUAUCAGGAAGGCUGAAUGGAUUAAGGCAAUGCACAUGUGGCUAUUUAUUGAACACACACAGAAUCACAGAAUCAAUUAGGUUGGAAAAGACCUCUGAGAUCAUCAAGUCCAACCUAUGACUGAACACCACUAUGUCAACUAGACCAUGGCAGUAAGUGCCACGUCCAGUCUUUCCUUGAACACUUCCAGGGACAGUGACUCCACCAUCUCCAUUGGCAGCCCAUUCCACUAUCUAAUCACCCUUUCUGUGAAAAAAUCCUUUCUAAUGUCCAACCUAAAACUACCCUGGUGCAGCUUAAGACUAUGUCCUCUUGUCCUAUUGCUUGUUGCCUGGGAGAAGAGGAUGACCCCCACCUGGUUACAACCUCCUUUCAGGUAGUUAUAGAGAGUGAUAAGGUCUCCCCUGAACCUCCCUUUCUCCAGGCUAAACAACCCCAGCUCCCUCAGCUACUCUUCAUAGGACAUGCACUCCAGACCCUUCACCAGCUUCGUUGCCCUUCUCUGGACAUGCUCCAGCACCUCAAUGUCCUUCCUGAAUUGAGGAGCCCAGAACUGGACACAGUACUUGAGGUGUGGCUUCACCAGUGCAGAGUACAGGGGAAGAAUCACUUCCCUAGUUCUGCUGGUCAUGCUAUUUCUGAUACAAAACGGGCACGUGUCCCUUUUCUGGGUUAAAGGUGGCCCAUCCAUCUGUCUUAGAUGGUACUAAUAUGAAUGAGAUCCCAUCAACAGGAUUCCCACCGUGUUAAACUCAUGUUCAGUAAAAAUUUAGAGUCAAAUUUGGUAAGGAAGAGGUUACUGUAGAUCAUCACCCUCUUUAGGGUCUGUAUAUGUCUCCACCCACUCAAUACCUUCUGGGUUGCAACCAGCACAGAGCCCCAUGGCAGCAGCACACACUUGCCCCUGACCUGUAAGGCAACAUAAGCCCAACCUGCGGGGGUCCCAUCAGUCUCAACAGAACUACCCCCCAGGCUGCUGUCAGACUUUACCCAGCUUAACCAACUUGUGUGUCAAGGCUCAGUCAUAGAAAAUUGAAUACUAACCCUUUUGAAUCAUAGUCCCUUAAGCAGGUUAUGACCAUAGGGCAUGUUUGUUGGUUUUUUAUGGAAUAUGAUUGAUGGUCUGGUGGUAUGUAUUAACUGCAGAUUGGGCUGACUCUCCCUGCUGGUCUCAUGUUGAGACCUUUGUUUUGGCCAGAUUUUCCUUGUGCCCUUGUUGGAGGUUAUGCUGUGGUGACUUCCCAGGUGUAUAGAUACAUGGCCAUUCUGGCACUGCUCUCCUUAAACCAGUCUCUGCUGCCAUGGCCCAGAGAAAGCAAAAGCAAAGAGCAUGAACCCUGGCUGUCACAACAUUAUAAAGCUGUAAAAUCUCCAGAGCUGCUGGGCACUCUCCUAACUGCAGUUUAUUUGCAAUGAAGCAAAUCAUUUCUUGUUCCAGUCUUUGCAACAAACCAGAUGAUCUUCUCAGGCCUUAUUUUCAGUCCAAAGUUGUACAGAAUGCCAAGGGGAGAAGCACCAGAGUAUGUAAAGUCGCACCACUAUCCACCUAAAUUACCGUGCAAAUAGGAUAGCUUCCUUAUAUUGAUGCUGGUGCUUCCACAAAAGGAAUUUGUGUUUGAUGCCUCUAAAGCCAGACUGGCUUUUUGUUAGGAUUUCAUGUAAUUUUAGUCACCAAAUUACCCAAGUUUAAGCAAAUCUUUUCCUUUUAUCAGAUGUUAAUUUUGCCCUUUAAUGUGAGCUGACUGUGGACUCUGGGGUCUCAGCACUCAAGUCUAUGUCUGCAGUCAGUCUGCAAACUCUCUAUUUCCAGAUAUUGGUGUGAGGGGGAAUAUCCUCCUAGUGUUGAAGAAGGUCACUAGGAUGGUCUAGUCUGUUUUAUAAUAACCUUUGGCUGAAAGGAAGAUGAUGUCCAGGUGACCAUCCCUAAAGGCUCAUUUGAUGUCUUACCAAACAUAUCUUGAAGCCAAUACUUGGAAGAGCCACUGGAUCAUAUCUGACAUUGAUGCAUGUCUAUCCCCAACAUGUAUGCUUGGCCAUUGGUCUUGCUGUUCUUUUCUGGCUCUCUUGCCUGCAAAUGCCUUGCAACUGCAAAAGCAAACAGCCAAGCCUGCUGCAUGGAUUUCAAAACAGACUUCAGGAUGCUUUGCUCCCCCACAGACAGGAUGGACUCAACUGCUUCUGGUUUGGCUCUCUGGCUUCUUCCUCAAAAGGAGGCACCUGCUCUGCUCAGCUGUAUGCUGGCUGACACAUUGGUCUGCAAUCCUGAGCAGAAUCUUCUUCUCUCCAUGCAGUCUGUCCUUAGGUUGGCCUGCAAACUGUACAAUGGCAUGCAGGAGGCUUGAAAAUUACAGUGCCCUGUAUGUGACUCAACAUGAAGAUGCUUUUGAAGAAAGGAAGGACCCAGAUUAGCACCAGAUGGAAUGACAGGAAAAGAAAAACAA